AUGAUAGGUUACAAAGGUACAACAGCACCAACAUCAUAUAGGCAGUACAUGCCGAACAAGCCUACCAAACGGGGUUUUAAAGUAUGGACUAGGUGUGGAGUAUCGGCGUUUGUGUACGAAAUGAAUUUGUAUUAUGGUGCAUCAAAGGCUGCAACAGUCGAUACAUCAUUACUUGAUUCCUCAUUGAAGCGUGCUUUGCGUACAACAACAACAACAGCAACGAUGCCAAACGAAAAUCAAUCAUUUGAUGAUCAACGUCAAUCACUUCUCAAAGACUAUGGUGCUUCAGGGAUGGUAGUUUUAGAUUUGAUUAAAGAUGUGCCAGUAGGUACUUCAAUUUAUGUUGAUAAUUACUUUGCAUCUACAAAACUAGAUCUAUAA